AGAAGGUCAUUCAGCAGCAGGGAUACAGAAGUUGUCAGAGAUGACAGAGAACAGACAAGCAUGGGACAAUUCUCUACAAUUCUUCUUUGCUUGUAUUUCCUUUGCUGUGGGACUUGGGAAUGUUUGGCGUUUUCCAUAUUUAUGCCAGAUGCAUGGAGGGGGGAGCUUUUUAAUACCAUACCUGAUUAUGCUGAUUUUAGAAGGCAUGCCUUUGCUUUACCUUGAAUUAGCAGUGGGUCAACAGAUGAGGAAGGGAAGUGUGGGUUCCUGGAAAAUUGUGAGUCCUUAUCUUAUUGGGGUUGGAAUUGCAAGUGUUGUGGUCUCUUUUCUUAUCAUUGUUUACUACAAUGUGGUGAUAGCAUGGAGCUUUUGGUACUUUUUCCAUUCAUUUCAGGAUCCUUUGCCAUGGGCCACAUGCCCCACAAACAGCAAUCAUACAGGAUAUGUAAACGAAUGUGAAAAGAGCUCAGCAACAGAAUACUUUUGGUAUCGAGAAACACUGAACAUUACAUCAUCAAUCGAUGAACGAGGGUGCAUGCAGUGGGAAAUAAGUGCAUGCCUGGUUCUUGCUUGGCUUGUGAUAUAUCUCUGUAUUCUCAAAGGAACCAAAUCUACUGGCAAGGUCGUUUAUGUCACAGCCUGCCUCCCAUAUGUGGUUCUUAUCAUAUAUUUGGGUCGAGGACUAACAUUACAUGGAGCAAUAAAUGGAUUAGUUUAUAUGUUUACUCCAAAGAUCAAUGAGCUUAAGAACCCAAAGACAUGGGUCAAUGCUGCUACUCAAAUUUUUUUCUCUCUUGGCUUGGGCUUUGGAAGUCUAAUAGCUUUUGCAAGCUAUAAUCAGCCUGAUACAAACUGUGAGAAGCACGCCAUACUAGUAUCGACUAUCAACAGUGCUACUUCCAUAUUUGCCAGUAUUGUGACAUUUUCUGUGUAUGGAUUUAAAGCAACUUAUAAUUAUGAAAAAUGCAUUGAGAGGAUGACUCUUCUACUAGUUAACAAUUUUGAUCUAGAAUCUACUAGGAUAAGUGAAGCAAACCUUAGUACCUGGAUGGCUGAGCUGAAUUCUACAUUUCCUGAACAGUAUGCUGGCAUUGGCACUGAGAUUGAAGAAUGCAGUUUGGAAUCUGAGCUGACAACGGCUGUCCAAGGGACUGGACUCUCAUUCAUUGUAUACUCAGAAGCAAUUACCAGCAUGCCAUUGUCACAGCUGUGGUCAGUGCUGUACUUUAUAAUGCUGCUUACCCUGGGAGUUGGAAGCAUGCUGGGAUGUGCAACCGCUCUCACUACUGCUCUGAAGGAUGUCAAAAUCAUUGCUGCACAACUUUCUGAGGAAGUGAUAACAAGUAUCAUGUGCCUCGUGUGCUGUUCUGUUAGCCUCAUAUUCACCUUUGGCUCAGGAAAUUACUGGUUUGAAAUAUUUAAUGAUUAUGCUGCCACUCUGUCUGUGCUGCUUAUUGUCCUGGUGGAGGAUCUGGCAAUUUGUUACCUCUAUGGACUUAAAAGAUUUUCAAAGGAUAUUGAAAUGAUGCUGGGACAUAAACCUAAUUGGUACUGGAAAACCAUGUGGUCUGUUAUCAGCCCUCUUUUAAUUAUCAGUUUAUUCAUAUUCUACAUUGUAGAUUAUAUACUUACAGAAAAACUGAUGUAUCAAGCAUGGGACCCUGAUCUGGGCCAGUUAGUUACCAAGGAUUAUCCUGCUGGAGCUGAAGCUGUCAUUGGGUGCAUCAUUGUCUCCUCUAUCAUCUGCAUGCCCUUAGCUGCCUUGGUUAUCUUUAUCCAAAAGAAACACUACAGAGGAAAGAAAACGGAUAGUCUCAUUUGAUGCUACAUAGUGCUUCUGAUUGGUGCAUACAGCCAGAUACAAAGAAGAGGAAAAUAGUGUGUGUGUGUGUGUGUGUGUGUGUGUGUGUGUGUGUGUGUGUGUGUGUGUGUGUGUUUAUAUGUAUGUAUGUGAGAGAGAGUGAAAGAUGAUGAGAGGCAGUGAUGACAAAAAAGUGCUAAUUUGGAGCAAAUUACCUCUAAUAUCUAUCCCGCACAAGCUAAAAGCUUAUUAUAUCACUAUCGAAUCUUUCAUUUAUUUCUAUGAUUCAUUACCCAUUGCACAAAAAUGUAAUGUUUCCCACUUCAGCAUCUUCCUUAUAUGCCUUUCUCACUUUGCAUCACCAUUUUCUCUUAAGAAAUUAAAUGUCUCAUAACCCUUCCAAUUUUUCAUCAUAACUGUAAAUGAAAAGUUAUAUGCUUUUUCUGUGGCUUUCCCAUGCUGGAAAUACUCUGCAUAUAUAUAGUUAUAGAUUAGCUAUUGACAUAGGUGUAUAGAUAGAUAUAAAUGUAGCUAGAGCUAUAGAUAUAUCUAGUUAAAUUGACGGCUAUCAUCUGCCAGUUAGCACAGUGGAUUAAGGCUUACAACUGUUAAUGAGCUGCUUAACUAAGGGCAUAGGAUUUUGAAUCCUUCCAUCUUUAUUUAUCUGCUGUAUGACUCUAAGCAAGUCACUAACCAGACGCUGCUCCCAGGUCAUCCCUGAAAAGGCACACCUGUAUCUGAUGUGUUAACAAAUAUAUAAAAUAAAAAAAGUAUCCAAGGAAAAAAGUCUGAUCAACAACAGACAAAGCAUAAUCCUAUCAAUGUAAAUGUUCCUGCAAACAAUGAAUGCAACUGGCUACUUUUGGAGGCUUGGUUUUCUGAUAUACUCCAAGUUGGCUUGUAGACCAUUCCAGUAUUGUCCAGUUUUCUGUUCCCUUCCUUUUCUUCCUUCUUGCUACUGCUGUGCCAUACCUUAUAUAUUCCACUGGUAAGUGGUCAGGAUUGCUCAGCUGAGAAGGUGAUUUGUUAUGGUAUAAGUCAUCAGAGCUGCGUAACAGAAGGCUAGGUAUGCAGAGCUGGCAGGAUCCAUUAGACAUCAUAUAUAUAUAUAUAUAUA